CAACUGAUAAGCACCACCACCCAGAGUAUGGAGAGAUCAUGCGACGAGUUGUUGUGACCGGCCUUGGCGCCAUCACUCCUCUGGGCGUGGGCAUUCGCCCAACGUGGACGCGCCUACUAGCGGGCCAUUCCGGCAUCGUUAGCGUUGCCGACCUUGAGCCUGCGAGGCACUGGAAGAAUCUAACCAGUACCGUUGCCGGGGUCGUCCCGAGUGGUGAUGCCUCGGAGCAUGGUUGGAAGGUAUCGGACUGGCUGGACGGUGCUGAACAGCGCCGUACGUCCAAGUUUGCCCAGUAUGCGCUAGCAGCUUCUCGGAUGGCUCUGGACGACGCUGGCUGGAAACCAACUCGGCAGGAGGACCUCGAGGCUACGGGGGUCUGUCUAGGUAGCGGCAUUGGCAACUUGGACGACAUCUACAGCACCAGCCUGGCCUUCGAACGAGACGGCAAUAAGAAGGUAUCUCCACUGUUCGUCCCGAAGAUAUUGACCAACAUGGCUGCCGGGCACAUCGCCAUGAAAUAUGGCUUCCAAGGUCCAAACCAUGCGGUCACCACUGCCUGCACCACUGGGGCACACUCUAUUGGGGACGCCUCGCGGUUCAUCGCCUUUGGGGACGCUGAUGUGAUGGUUGCCGGUGGUGCCGAGUCCUGCAUACACCCCCUGACCUUUGCGGGGUUUGCUAGGUCUAGGUCCUUAUCCACGGCUUAUAACCAUGAGCCCGCCCUGAGCUGCCGCCCCUUCGACAAAGAUCGCGAUGGGUUCGUCGUAUCCGAGGGCGCAGCUGUGGUGGUUCUGGAGGAGCUGCAGCAUGCGAAAGCUCGGGGAGCCCACAUCCUUGCCGAACUCCGGGGCUAUGGCUGCAGCGGCGAUGCCCAUCAUAUGACUGCGCCGCGGGCAGAUGGUUCCGGCGCCGUCCUCGCCAUGAAGAGGGCACUCAAGAAUGCGUCUAUCAAACCCCGGGUGGUUGACUACAUCAACGCUCACGCCACAGGGACUCUCGUAGGCGACGCUGCGGAGGCCGCUGCCAUCCGGUCGUUGAUGCUGGGCGAGGAAGGUGUUGAAGACGAGGCCCACGUCACAGUGAGCAGCACGAAGGGCGCCAUCGGACAUCUGCUUGGAGCUGCUGGCGCCAUCGAGGCCGUUUUCGCCAUCCUGGCCAUUGCCGAGAACACCGUUCCGCCCACGGCCAACCUGCAUGCGCCGAACGUCAAUGCCGGAUUCAACUUCGUUCCUCUGCAUGCGCAGGAAAAGCCUGUAAAUGUUGCCCUGUCGAACAGCUUCGGCUUUGGAGGGACGAACGCCACCCUUGUAUUCUCCAGAAUUGGAUAGAAUGGAAAGCAAACUAUAUAACAGCGCACCUGCGCCUUUUCUGUACAAGUUAUAACUACUCCUGUAAUUCUAUCUGUAGAAUUAAAUAGAUUUAUUCAGGGG